UUUUAAUCAAUUGGGAUUUAUAAAAGAAUCUUACGCUUCAAUCAGUUAUCGUCUAAAGUGUCCUUCAUUUCAGCAACUACGCUGCUGCAGCUGUUUUAAAUAUUUUAAAAGCUCUUGAAACGGAAAAAUUGUACAUUGAGCGUUUUUUCUCUCAAGAAAUCCACUGCUAACAUGCCGGACCAGAAUUCUGAAAUCGUGCCUGAAAUAGAGGAACUAUUUCCCUUUGAGAUGGGGUACCUUCCGGAAGAGCUUCAGGAAAAAGCAAUUGUUCAGUUGAACGAAACAGCCAGAAAUAAAGAACAAAGUCUUCGAGAAAUGAAAGAUAUGAUAGAGCUGGACAAAACGCUGCUGGGAGUCGAGAUUGAUGACGAUCUCAUAGUGCUGUUCCUCAGAUCCGAGAAGUACGACGUCCAAGAAGCGUUCACCCGGCUCAAAAACCUCAUUAAUUUUAAAAGAGACAACAUGGAAAUGUUUACGGGACAGAGAUAUGAAACCAUCUCUAAGAGCAUCACAGACAACAUAACGACAUAUUUGCCGUUUAGAUGCCGUGAUGGCUGUGCCAUUAUACAUGUGAAUGUAGAUAAUUGGAUACCUGAUGAAUUUCCAGUUCUGGAAGUGAAAAGAAUGGCGCCUAUUCUGUUGCUUCAAGCCCUUCGGGAACCGAUGACGCAAGUGAACGGAUUCAAAGCAAUCAUAAACGCCAAGAGCAAUCCUCUGAGGCAUCUGAGAUACUGCAGUUUUCAGAAUCUGUAUCUUAUGUAUUACGGCUCACAGUUUUGUCUUCCUGGCAAAUUCCAUAGCUAUCACGUGGUGAAUAUGUCUUUUACAGGAAGAUUCUGCUUACAGCUCAUGAGAACAAUUCUUCCUGAAGAACUGAAAAAGAAGAUUCAUAUACAUGCUACACCAGAGCAGCUGUUGGACCAUUUUCCAGCUGAAAUAAUACCUGAAAUAUACGGAGGUCAGUUGGGCAGAUACGAUUUGACAGGUUGGCUGAAGAAAGUGAUGGGGCCUGAAGAAUUAGAAAAACUUGGUGGAAAAUUUCUGAGCUGAAGUUUUAUUCAAUAUAUCAACUACAAAACAUAUUUCCUGCUAUGAUGUUGUCUGUAAUGAAAAAAUAUGUUAACUUAAAAAAUUGAAUGUGUAGUUUAACAUUGUAUUUAUGU